CUAACGUAUCGUGGGGGUUUUGGGCUUCAUUUUAGCAAUGUAAAAAAAGUCUCAUGCAUUCACGACUGUCCCAGCAAGACUGCAAUUUCUCAUUCAAAUAUAUAUAUAUAUAGGCAGUUCGAUUCUAACCUGCAACUGAAAUCUUGGAUCCAUGGAGACGACGACGAUCCAGUUGGUGAUCCUCGCUUCAUUCUUAUUCUCAAUCUUGAUGCUUUUCAAACAAGCUAAAAAAUCACGACCGAAUCUCCCUCCAGGGCCGCCGAAGCUGCCGCUGAUCGGGAAUCUCCACAACCUGAUCGGCGGCGGAAUGCCCCACCAUGCGAUGCAUCAAUUGGCCCUGAAAUAUGGCCCCCUGAUGCACCUGAAGCUCGGCGAGGUUUCCACCGUCGUCGUCUCGUCGCCGGACGCCGCCAGACAAGUCAUGAAAACUCACGACCUGAACUUCGCGUCCCGGCCGCCGCUCCUCGCCGCCGAGAUCCUCAAUUACGGCAAAUCCGGCGUCGUCUUCAGCCCCUACGGCGAAUCCUGGAGGCAUCUGAGGAAGAUCUGCACCCUAGAGCUGCUGAGCAACAAACGCGUCCAAUCAUUCCGGCCGGUCCGACAGAAGGUGCAUUUAGAGCUCGCGAGAAUGAUCGCCGCCGGCGAGGGCACCGCCGUCGACUUAUCGUCGAAGCUUUAUUCUUCCACUUACGACGUCGUUUCGCGGGCGGCGGUCGGGGAAUCGAACAAAUCGAGGAAAGCCAGGUUAAUGGAGAUUAUCAACGAAGCCAGUGAGCUCUCAGCAGGGUUCAAUAUCGCCGAACUGUAUCCCUCCAUUAAAGUCCUCGGGAAGAUCACCGGCCUGGAGAAGAAGCUGCGGAAGCUCCACCGGGAAACCGACGAACUUCUCGAAGGCAUAAUCGGCGACCACAAAGAAGCUCCUGAGGAAGAAGAUGGAAAGAAAGUCGACGAUCUCGUCGACGUUCUUCUGAAAUUACAGGGUGAAGAGCACCAAUCUUCAUUAACCUCCAACAGCAUCAAAUCCGUGAUCUUCGACAUUCUCGGCGCCGGCAGCGAGACAUCCGCAACGACAUUAGAUUGGGCGAUGACGGAGCUGCUGAAAAAUCCACCGGUGAUGGACAGAGCUCAGCGCGAGGUCCGGGCGGUGUUCGACAGGAAAGGACAUGUCGACGAAUCGGACAUCAACGAGCUCAAGUAUUUGAAUUCGGUGAUCAAGGAAACGUUGAGGUUGCACAAUCCAGGGCCAUUGUUGAUCCCAAGAAUGUGCAUCGAGGCCUGCCGGAUCAACGGUUGCGACAUACCGGAAAACACCAGAGUCAUCGUGAAUGCUUGGGCCAUUAACAGGGACCCUAACUACUGGCAAGAUCCCCUGUCCUUUACGCCGGAGAGAUUUCUUGACAGCGCCAUGGAUUACAACGGCAACAGCUUUGAAUUCCUCCCUUUCGGCGCCGGCAGGAGGAUCUGCCCCGGGAUUUCCUUCGGAGUUGCGAAUAUUCAAAACCCGUUGGCCGUGCUGCUCUACCACUUCGACUGGAAAUUACCCGACGGAAUGAAGCCUGAAGACAUCGACAUGUCGGAGAAAUUUGGAGUGACGACGAGGAGAUUAAUAAACUUGCGCGUUGUUCCGGUUAUUACGAGGCCAUUGCCGUAAUCUAUGUUCGUAUCUAUCGAAAACAUCAUGAAUUGAAU